CUACAAUCGCAAUCGGCUCCGUUUGACUAAAUCAAUGUCUGCAGUUUUUUGAUGCGCUGGUUUUACUUGCAUUGCUCUACCACCAUUGUUGCAUACCCUUCUCGUCUUGUAACGUCUUAUUGAGCUCUGUCGAUGGCGUCAGCUGCUCUAGAUCCUCAAAUCCUUCGGUCCUCCCGGGCUCACGAGGUGACUGCACAUCUACGAGGUGUCCUCCAAAAUUCGAGCGAAGAAGUGAUCACGCGAGAGAUACUACACUUAAUUGGACUCGACUCCAUAGCUCCAGCAGCGUUCGCUCAAUGGCUUGGAAUCGCGCAAUCACCAGAAACGCUCCGCACAGCUCUAACGCAGACUGCCUCUAUCCAAGUUCGACGAUUCGCAUUCAAGAAGCUGAAGAGUUCGCUCUCAGGUUCCCGGUGGCAAGAAACGUGGGAUGCCCUUGGUGGUGCUUCAGGCUGGCUUACUCUAUUGAACGAAUUCUCAGUGCAAGACGUAAAGGAGGCAUGUCGAGUUAUUGCAUGGAAUGCCAAAGGAGCCGAAGUCGAAGCAAAGCGGAAGCGCUUCACAGAGUUAUUCAUGGCCCUUCUUCCAGACAUUCUUCCAGAUGAGCCUUCAAACAUUCACCAGACCCCAGACCACAGACAGUUGCGCGUAACAUACCAAAGGCUGAUUCCGACGUGCACAAGCGAUGCUGUCUCUCAUAUAUUGAACAAGCAUUGGGAUGCGUUCAAAUCGUGUCGGCGUCCCCUGUUAUUGUCGCACGCAGAUACACUGCAAGGCUUGGCCAUUCGGUCUGUGUUCGAGAACCACCCGGCUGGUGAGAAAUGGCUUUCACCACUCCUUUCGAGAUAUCCAAAUACCACAACUGCUGUUCCAGGCGUUUCAGCGUCAAUGGAAUUCUCGCUCAGUCUACUCGAAAGACUCACUAAUGAAGGCGUAGAGUCUUCUUUGGAUGCAAACAUAGUAGUUAAGGAGCUUUCGGAGCCACUCUUGAAGAGAGCUUUGAGGAAAAAGGCCGAUUGGUCUUUCAUUCAAUGUAUCGUUGACCUCUUUCUAUUGUACUUGGAUCGACAUUCCAGUGUCGCCGAGACUCUGGACAUGCGGCAGGGCAGUUUUGUCUACCUGGUAGGAAGAUGCUGGUCUAUUAAGCCCGAUAUGUUCGCAGACCAAUUUGAACACAUCCUUGCACUGCCAUAUGCAAAGAUGGAAAAGAGGCAGAUGUUCAGUAUGUUGGUCCAACUAGGCCUGUCGGGAGUUUGGAAAUCUCGGCGCUAUGCUCUGCUCCAGUUUUACUGCAGUUCUCUGUAUCAAUGCGACCUAGAAAAUGAGGCCGACAUCAAAACUGCCAAAUUACCUCCGUUGAAAAAUACGCUGCUCAAUAAGAUGCUACCGCCCGAAGAUGCUCUGUCAUUGUUCACCCGGAUUCGAUCUGCCAAGGGAGACUACAAACUUGUCGACCGGAGUGCCUACGACUAUGGAGAACCAGGGGCCGAUACCAUUAUCGAUGCCGACAUGUGGCAGGCUCUCCUAUUGUUCAGAGCUUCUCAUUAUGCUGAAGCAGAGAAUUUCGCCAGACAAUGUUUUGAAGCACGCAAGAAGAAAACUGUGUCUAGUGCUGGGGAACAACGAAGAGCAACAAGCGCUCGUUCCGCAAUCGACUUCGCUACUCUCAGUGGAUCGCUGGAUGUCUACAUGGAGGCUCAGCAAUGGGCACGACGGUUCAUACGAGACCCCCUUACAACGCGCGAGCUAUAUCAAACGACGACCCGCGAGGGUAUAACUUUGCUUUCAGGUAUACCGAGAACGCUGAGUAGAGACACACCUCUCUCUGAACUGCAAAAUCGUGUGGAAUACGCCAACAAAAUAAUGCUAUUCAUGUUCGAGACAACAUGCAUAGCUUUGCGGGAGCCUUCGUUCAACAGAGUUCACUUUCGAGGGGUUCUUGCACUAUUCGCUAGUGUUGUUCAGCAACGUAUCAAGCAAUCAGGACGACUAGAGGAACACUCAAGCAUGUCUCACGAAGAUGUUUACCGUAUUUUGUGGGCGGACACUUUGAAGAUGCUGCUGAUAGUGGAAGAACGAGGAUUGUCGCCUGGUCACGAGAACUUGUCUCUGAACACUGUAAGAGGUGUUUUGAAUUACCAGGGUACCGCCUACAUAGACUUGAAAGAUGAUAGACCUGCAACACUUCGAUUCUUCGACGAGCUUGCAAAAGCACGCGACGAGCUUUGGCGGAAGCACCGUUUGUUUACACAUCCAGCAACUGACAUUCUGCCUGCGCCGUUCCCAAAAGGCCUUCCCGUCCAACACCUCACAGAACCUUAUGUUUUAUAUCUGCGCAAGGAACAUCAUGAAACGCCUUACAUCGCAUCUCGCAUAAAUGCUGCUGUAUUCCCUGAACAAAAGGCUGCACUCGUACCAUUUCCAGAAGAUGGAGAGAUGCGAAAAGCUAUUGGAACAUUCCUCGACGAUUAUCUCUUUGCUUUGAACAUGUUCGCGCCUAAGUGGCUCAACAAAGAAGACAAGACAAGACGUAUGCAUGAAGCUUGGGCCUAUGCUAGUGGUCCUCUCAGUGAAGGACGCUUCAAUCUUGAAGAAGCGGACCGUUACUGGACCACGGGAGAAUCUGGGGGUAGAAUAUUCCCCAAAUACUGGCGCAAGGCAUUUGACACAAGUUUGUCAAACUGGCCCUUGGUGCCAGAAGCAGAACAUCCUGAUAAGAUCCAAGAGUGGAAUCCUAUUCCAACCGCGCUCAACUACGCAACCGAACGGAAGUUGGAUACGAUGACCUACAUUGACGUGUCUAAACAACUGUUAGGGCGCUCAAAGAACGCGACGGUAUUCACGACAUUUCAGCUGGUCGACCCUGUCAUUCCCGCAACAAGUCGUGUUGACGCGUUCUCAACUAUGCGAACACGUCAAGCGAAGGCGAAUCCGGCAAUUAGGGAAGGACAAAUCAUGUUAGCAUUGUUGUAUCUCGACAAUUUGUUUCCAAAACUACGAUUCCUGAACACACGCUUCCCUGUCGGCGCUCCACAAUCGAUUUCCCGUUAUCCCGCGGUUCAUCUUGACAGCGACUACUUGUCAAGGACAUCUUCCAAGAAUGUUCGGGUCGCGGAUGCGAUUCGCUUUCUCAGUGCUGUGCGAACCAAUGUACCGUCUUCGUUGUUAGCUAAGGCAGCUCAUGGCGCCUAUACAGCUUUAAGCACGACAAGUGAGCAGGAAAGUGGGUAUGUUGACUUGGAGCGACGCACCUUCCAGCUUGUUCGGAUGCUUGUUUUUUGCGACAGACCUUAUCUCGCUUCGGAUCUCGUCGUACGCAUAGUUCUUGAUCAACCUCAAAACAGCUCCUGGCAUCGACAACUGCUGUCUAAAUCUUUCCUCCACCGGCUGCCAGCGGCUGCUGCACAGGAAUGUGUUAGCACAUUCGCAAAAGAAAUCACCACAAGAACCAAGCAGCAAGCCGCGAUAAGUACACACAGCUCGACGAGAUCCAAAUCAGACCAGAGCGCAGAUCGAAGCACAGAGACGAUGGAUUAUCGGCAAGGUCUAGUCAAAGUCACAACUGCUAAGCUUCUAGCAGAACUGCUUGGCGAUACCACAUGCCUACCAGAGGAAUUCGCUGUAUCGAUCCUCUCCGAGCUUAUAAGUAAUGCGACCCACAUGGACAUUCGUUGUGCUGCUUUGAGCAGUCUGCUUGGUUUAUUGAAAUUUGGGUCUGCCGGAAAGGUCGACAUCAUCCUGACAGCACUCCAAAACAUCAUUCCCAUUGUUGGUAACCUUCGAGAGCGCCGCCCCAUCACAGACGCAGAAUGGGCGCACGCUGAGAAUACACUCGAGCUCCCUGAACUGGAAGAUCAAGUUUCCCUCGACGAGUCAGCACCCAUGCUCUGGUCUCUGUUUACCUUCCUCAACAAAAAUCCACCGGGCUGUUCCCAAUUUCUCUAUCAGACUGAAUUGGUCACGCGAAUAGUUCUUCCUAUAAUCACGAGUCUCAAAUACCAGACCGCAAAAUGGGCUUCACUCUUCCUCAGGAAAGUUGGCUUUGACUUCUCAGCACAACAGGAGCUCGACGUGCCACAAAUUCCUCGCCACCAACAGGUUUUGUACGAGCUUUUGCGCUGCGCAGCACCAAUCUUACCCAUCUCUUUUCUCGAUGAGUACUCAGCACAUUGCACAUUCAACAUCCAUCCUCCUAAAGACAUUGCAAAGCUGAAUAAGAGAGUAAAGGAAGAUGUCACAGCAAUAAAUGAUCACGCGAUAAGGGCAUGGGUCUCUCGCUAUGCCGUCGGCAUGGAUGUAUCCGGGCGUUCGUUUCAAGUCACCUCGUUGCUGGAUAAAUAUGCCAACAACACCACCUCUUCCUGUUUGACGGGUGAGAUUACGAUCAAAGCGGUUCAAGCGGCUUACUUGAAGCUAUACACCCUGUUAUUACUGCACGAUACCGAACACUUGAAGGGCAUCCAUCGCGAACAGCGACUUCUUUGGCCAUAUUCACCAUCUUCCAUAAUUGACACGUCUUGGGAAACCAAUUACAAACCCCUAGUCGAAGCCAUCAUCCUAUACGUGGAGUCGAUGCACACACGCGAAUGGGAGCGUGAUCCCAAUCGCCACCCGCCCGUGCUACCCAACACUUUUCACCUACGCAUGCACCUCCUACAGUACGCUGCACAGCACUCGGACCAUCCCUCCAAUUCCGAAGAGCACUGCAGAGCCUUCGCGACUCGCGUAGCCAAGCUCGUCGACCAGAUCUCGAACGGGUUGUACCAUCACAAAUUCCUAGAGCUAAAGGCUAGUCUCGAGUAUGUACGGGGCGAUAAUCGUUUGCGAGUAGCCUGUCUCUUAGGUGAUAUAAGCAAGACACGACUGUCUUGGUUGACGGUACGUGAUCAUCUCCGGGUAGAGCUUGCGGCGACCAUGUUAUACGAUGGGACUAGAGAGACCAAUCAAAACAAUUCUUUGUCGGGGGAAGUGGAAGCGCUGAGGCAAAGCUGGAGAGCGAGCGAAAGUGAAGAGGUAAGGAAACUAGGGUUUAGGCAAUGGCUUGAAGCAGUGUGA